UUGUUGCGAUCGGUUUUUAUACGCAUAUAAUUUAAAAAUACACAAUAAAGAGAAAAUAAAAUAAUUUAAAAUUUUUAAAAACAUGAAAUACUGCAGUCGUUCCACCCUUGGUCUAAUUAUUGGCAGCCUUAAUGUCUUGAUCUAUCUUGCCUGUUUUAUCUAUGCGAUUAUUGUCUUAGUCGACAUAAAUUCAGGGGAAAAUUCCAGUUAUAAGGAAAAAGAAAAUAUUUCCCUUCACAAUAAAAUUAUUAUUAUAUUAAUAAUAUUAUGUAUAGUAAUGGCCAUUAUAUCGGGUCUGCUGAUAAUGGGUAUUGUAAAGAGACGCCACAAACUAAUGAUGCCUUGGCUAAUACUUAGUGGCAUCGGUUUCAUAGUCAAUUGUGUAAAUUUUGCAUUUAAAUUUAUUGGUUCCAUGUUUACCGUUCCAUUUCUGUCACUAGUAAUUAUGUUCGUAGUGGGUUUAUUGGGAAUAGUUAUUUCAUAUUUAAUAUUAUGGCCGAUUUUUACUUUGUAUGGUGAUAUACAAAAGGAAAAUUUUGAACAAGAGUCGAAUGAUCGUAUUAAAAGCGAUAGGCCUAGAUGAUGAUGAUAUUAUAACAAAAUUGCUUUUUUUAAUAUUAUAAAAUAAAUAGAAGAAAUAGAUAAAAUUGAAUAAAUUAAAAUAUUUGU